UAGUUUAUUCACAUAAUUUAUGUGAGAAAAAUCAUCCUUUAUGCUUUGACUGCAUAGAAUAACAGCACAGAAAUGACAGAAAACCUCCUUUAAAUGUGACGUGAGUUCCCGUGGAAUUCUACAUACAGUACUUCUACCAUGUAAUUGUCACUAAUGGCAACCUAUUAUUGAGUUGUUGAAAAUUUGAGGAUAUUGGUUUCAUGUUUGGACUGACCUUAAGCAUGAAUAGUCGCUUUGUCAAACUUUAUUUUAAUAAAAGCAUGCCCUGAUGGGUUGAGCAGAAAUUUUAUUGACAAUUUCCCAAAACAGCAUGCCUUGUAAUUGCCAGUUUUGGAUUCUUAUUAAGUUGUAUCUAUCUAGAUCGAUCUUGUCAAAAUAAUAAAUGCAGCGCGUCCAUUGACUGCAAGUCUCACUUUUUCCAUGGCAACGGGUCCAGAAUCAAUGGUUGGUCUGUUUUCUCAAGCCAGAACAUUUGGAGCAGUGGUGCGGCAGUUGAUGUGUCUGUUGUGAAUCAGUCCAGUGAAGCAAUAUGUCUGGCUGUUCCCAGAACGACAGCCUAGCGUUCUCUUUGCAUCUUUCUCACUGACUGACUGUCACUUGUGACUUCGACAGGGACUGCCUAGUUGUGUUUUGAGCUACUUCAGACUUGAAAGUCACAUUUGUGUAUUUCCGAGUAAGCAAACUGUGCUGCUAUUCUGGAUGUGGAGACGGUAGUGUUGGCGAAAGAAGUUUUAAACAAGCUGUUUGUUUCUGCUGCAUGCCCGGCAGCACUUGUAGACGGACCCAUCUUUCAGUGGGCAUUGGCUGAUGUUUGAGGCUUUGGCUAAUAGCUUGUUUGCUAUUAUUUAUUACGUGAUCUUUCUGUGAAGUGUUUUGCACUCAAAUAUUCUCACAUCGUAGACUCGUACUGCAUAGGCUGACCGCUGGGAGAAUUGAAAAUGAAGCUGCUCCGAAAUAUUUCACGCGGACCCUUAUCACCUGGGAAUGGACAAUGGCGUAACUUUUCUGAAGAAAAUCCCCACUUUUCUAACGAGUGGGUUCCACCAUUUGGAAAUGGACAACAACACCAACGCCCCCCGUUUUGGAAUGAACGAGGGGGUAACUUUUCAGAAUUUGGGAACUGGCGGGAUGGCAAUGGUUCCCGGUUGGAGCAAGGGUCUUGUCGCCAAUUUGAUAAUCUCCACGAUCUUGAAAUCUUCACUGCCAUUAAGUAUGCCCUGCUGCUGCCGUUAUCAAUUCUCCUAGCAGCCAUUGAUCUGUACAUCAUCUUUGCCAUUUGUCGCAACCGCAACCUGCGCAGUAUCUCCAACUAUUUCCUGGCUAACCUUCUUGCUAGUGAACUCGUCUACAAACUUCUGAUGUGCUUUAACAAUGAACUGCGGGUAUCACCAGAUGGUUGCGUACAGUGUGAGAAUUCAUACCUGUAUGUCUUUGCCCUAACCAGCAUGCACUUGAUCUACUUUCUCAGCGGCAUUUGCGUUGCCGUCGACAAGUACAUUAAGAUCACUCGUCCUCUGAGGUAUGCAGCGAUGGUCACCAGAAGGGUUUGCAUUGUCGUUGUCACCAUUGCAUGGGUCUCGGCAUUGGCCGGUGGUGGCUUAGCAUCACUACUGUUUCAAUAUUUAGUGGGAUGCACAACGCCUAGGGCUCUGCAAAGUCACCUUCGGACGACAAUGCUUUUUCUCUCUGAUGGCGUUGUCUUGCCGUUGGUGAUGAUCAUCAUGGGUCUAAAUAUGAAGAUAAUCUGUAUUGCCAGGCAUCAAGCGCGAGCGAUAGCCAACAUGGCUCCACAGCACCAUGGCAAUUCCGACAACCGUAACGACGACAGCGACCAGCAACAACAAGCUGUCCGCAAGAGUACCCGAUACUUCAAGGCUUUCCUCUGGUCCUUUGUUCUGGUCUGGGUUCCGUCCGUCAUGGUCGCAAACAUCUCCUACAUCUUGCCAAUCGCCAGAGAGAACCUGUCUUGGUCAAUUGGAAUCAGAUAUGGCAUGAACGUCCUGGGGUUGUGUCAGAUGCUCUAUGGAACGGCCGUUCUUACCAUGAAGCAAGAACAAUUCAGAGAGUUGUGGAGAGGCCACUGGCAAACAAUCAAGCAGAAACUCCACAUCUAAGGUAUCAUUCUCAUCUAUGCUAACAAAUAAAAACAAAGUAUGGACCAAGUCUGCAUCCGUCAAUCACACUGCUUCCAAUACAUGCUUUGUUGUAGGACUUUAGGCCCAAGUCCAUCAUACUCCAUGAAUAUCUAGUCAAACCAGGCCUGCAGGACUAUGUCCCCCAAAAUCCACCAACUUCGAGGUGGGGGAAUGGAUUUUGAUGGAGUGGGGAGGUUAGCAUUAAAAAGUGAAGAGGGUAUUUUUCUAAUGACGGUGUUUUGU